CUCGAUCGCUGGUCUGAUUCUGAAAACUAUGCUCAUGCCACAUGGCCGUUCAAAGCACUUAGGGGCUGUUUGUUUCAGCCUCUUAAUGGUUCAGAUGUCUGAAUGGUUCAGCACUUAAUGGUUCAGACUGUUUGUUUCAGCCUCUUAAUGGUUCAGAUGUCUGAAUGGUUAAGAGAUUUGCCUCUGAAUGGUUAAGUAUUAUACAGAGUCUGAAUGGUUAAGACCUCUUAUCUGAAUUGAUCAGACAUUUACCUCUGAAUAGUUAAGCAAUAUACUAGCUCUUAAUGUCUCUCUUUUUCUACUUCCGUCGGUCCACGUUUCUCCCCUCCCCUCUCCGUUUCUUCAGGCAACCGCCAAACCCCCCGCCGCGCUCAUUAUAGAUUCACCUAGAGCCGGAGAUCUCUCGUGCACGAGGUAUGUCCCACGACAAAGUUAACCCGACGUCCAAGCCCGAUGCCGGCGGCGGUGUAACCCCAAAACCUCAACCCUACAGCGCCGCGCGCCCAGUGUACCGCCCGCAACCCCCACCCCGCCGCCACAAGCGCGGCUGCUGCUGCCGCUGCUGUCUCUGGACCACCUUCCUCAUCGCCGUGCUCCUUCUUCUCGCCGCCAUCGCCGCCGCAGCGUUUUGGGUCCUGUACCGCCCCCAACGCCCCACGUUUGCCGUGAACUCGCUCCGCCUCUCGCAGUUCAACCUCACCUCCACCGCGCUCUCCUCGAAGCUCGAGAUCUCGAUUUCGGCCCGUAAUCCCAACAAAAAGGUCGUCUACGUCUACGAUCCGGUCGCAAUUUCCGCAUUCUCCGACGAAGUAGAUCUCGGAUCUGGAUCUAUUCGGGAAUUCGAACACGGCACCAAAAAUACUACAGUUCUGAAAUCCACCAUCGCCAGAUCCAGGAAGACGCUCGACGCCGGAGAUAUAAAAAAGUUGAAGUCGAAGAAGAGCCUUCCGGUGACGAUAAGGUUGGAUACUAAGGUCAGAGUGAAGGUCGGAAGCCUGAAAACUAACAAAGUCGGCGUCAGAGUCACCUGCGGCGGCAUCCGCGUGAGUGUCCCAUCCGGGAGGUCGCCGGCGAAAGCCACCGCCCCGGACGUGAAUUGCCAGGCCAAUGUCCGUGUGAAGAUCUGGAAAUGGACUUUCUAGGAAAAGGGGGAAGAAGGACGAGUUUGUCAUUUACAUUGUUUUUUAGGAAAAAGAAAAUAGAGAAAAAGUAUUGUCAAAUUAAAUAGUUGGUGAGAUAAUAUUCUUAUACGUAUGAAAUAUUUUGGUUGUGUACCUAAUUUACACACUUAUUAUUGUGAGUAUAAAUUCUUUUGUUAUUG